GUCCAGAAAGCCUGCAUGAAUCGCGCGUAGCCCUGACUAGGUGCGCGGACCAUACAAGCCAACUGCACAUGUUACAAGGACGCGACGAUCUUGGGGACUUCGCCAGGGGACUGUGCUAGGCGACGACAUCCGGUGACAGCGAUGGAGGUAGAACCGGUGCCAAUCCCCCAUAACUUCAUUUCCUUGACCGAAGCCUUGAACAAAUUAGACACCAAUCAAGCAUACAAUGUCAUUGGCGUCUGUAUCGACUUUUUUGCUCCUAAGCAAACAAGGACGGGUGACUACAUGCUCACGUUCACACUACAUGAUCCUUGGUGGACGGACAGAAAUGGCAUGAAGUUCCGUUUCUUCACCAAGACUUUACCUAGACUGCCUAAGCUUCAGCAUCAGGGUGAUGUCGUUAUACUGCGCAAUAUCAAGACCAUCAAGAACGGCGGGGCGGUCCUUGGAGUUUCCAACCCAUCCACGGUGUGGUUUGUUCUUCCUGUAAUGCGUGUCCGAGAGAUACUCUCCACCGAAGAUGUGAAGAACAAAGCACACUGUUACACAACUGGCACCGGACCGACGUUUCCUGCAGACAAUGUUCCAAGUGAGGCCGAAAUCAAAUAUGCCAAGUACAUUGCAGCAAGCGAAGAUUCCAUCAGCUGGGGCAAUCUGCCCACAGCAACCGAUAUGCAGGCCCAGGUCCAGGCCCCGGCGGAGCACGACAGCGCUCAAGUAUUGAAUCUGCCUGGGAAGUUCCGGCUGAUCAAGGAUGUCUUCCCCCACAAAUUUGCUGAUAUCCUAGGAGAAGUUCGUAAAAUUCAUUUCAACGAGAAUUUUGAAGAAACCCACCUCCAGGUAACCGACUACUCUACGCACAAAGCUCUGUACAACAGACAGCAUCGAGUCGAGACACUCGGCCUGGAUGGUGAUGAAUAUGGAUACAUCAAUGACUCCUCGGAGAAACAGUGGCCCGGGCCUUGGGGACAGAUGACGCUAGAUAUCAUACUUUGGGCACCCCAUUCGGGGGUAGCGAGAAGAGAAGUUAAGCCUGGUUCCCUGGUGUUUCUUCGCAAUGUCCACAUUAAAAUGGACAAGAACCAAGCUAAACUCGAAGGAGUGUGUCACACCGAAAAAUACAACUCUGAGCUUAUCAACAUAAAAGUGAUACAGCCAACAAAAGAAGAUGAACGUAUGAAAGCACUCAUUUCUCGGAAGCACCAAUACGCUCAACAGGCGAAGGCUGAAGGCAAACCAUUUUAUUGGUCUCCGCUCGAGAUCCUGAAAAAGAGAAAAGUAGAAGAACCAAAGGAGGCAGAAGGAGCACAAAAAACAAAGAAGACGAAGCAUCGAAACCGGAAAAAGAACAAGACGAAAGCUGAGCCUGUCAAUGGAGAGGCUCCAAUAACACAGAUCCAAAGUAAAGGCGAUAGAAUGCUGAACAGCAACGUCCGAUGCAAUGCAUACGAAGUUCCUCGCAAAUCCAUUUCCGACAUUCUCGAUCCAGAUAUAUUGCUUCGCAAAACUCUCCAGGGCAACUCUUAUCACCUACCUUUUCAGAAUUGCAAAUACAAAUUACAUGUGCGCGUUGUGGACUUUUACCCCGACAAUAUUGCAGACUUUGCCGUCCCUAGAAACCCCGAUUAUGAUCUCUUGUCGGAUGAGGAAGAUGAGGAGGAUUUAUCCAGCAUGGAUCUGACACAGCUGUCUGGAGACAGGCUGGCAUGGGAGUGGCGCUUCGUCCUGCUAGUUGAGGAUGCUAGACAACCUGCGAGUGUGAAUGGACAGCCCACGCGAAUGGAAGUGUUAGUUGCCGCGAGUGACGGCGAAUUUCUGUUGAACAUGAGUGCCUGCAAUUUGCAGGAUAAAGAGAACGCCCAACAGCUCGCGGCGCUUAAAGAGAAGCUCUUCCAUCUAUGGGGAGACCUGCAGGAGAGUAAAGAAGAAGAUAGCAACGCGAUGACAUCGACGCUCAGGCCGAGAGCCAGACCCUUCGAAUGUCUCAUUAAAGAAUACGGAUUGCCUGUCAGAGAUGUCGAGAACCCCGUGCACAACACCUCGGGAUAUGACAGAAUGUUUCGCUUGUUUGGGACGACAAUAUGA